AUGUGUUUAGCCAGGAGAAACACAUACCUAGAAGAUACCGAGCAGUUUUCAUUUGUUUUAGCACAUCAGGCAAUUAAUGUAUCCUACCAGACUUGUGGAUCGCCCAGUAGCUGUGAGGAAAACAUUUCUUUAAAUUUUGGAAUCACGCAGACGACAGUCAACUCUCAGUGCUGUGACAAAGACCUCUGCAACACUGAAUUUCCUAAAGUUUCUAGUAACGAUACUGUAAAUGGCCUGGAGUGUUGCCAGGAUGAACACUGCAGCGAAAAGAUCCAAUGUGUUGGAAAUGAAAAGGUUUGCCUCAAAAUGCAGUCUUCAGCAGCUGGAAUUCACUCUGAAAUGAGAGGAUGUGCUACAAGUAAUCUGUGCGCAGUGCAGUCUUAUCAGGUGCCUGGUGUUGUACAAGGAACAUUAUACUGCUGCAGCAAGAGCCUCUGCAACUCAGCCAAACUCAUCUCAGUGAACAUCCUUGUCCUUCUUUUACCACUGCUCCUCUAUAAACUGAUUUAAAAGAAAAUGCGUGUUAAGGUAUUGCACGUUUUCUGAAACUGGUGUGUGUCAUUAUUAACACAGGGCGAUAUCUGAAUUUA